AUGGUUUUUUCUGAAGAAUCAACAAGAGAGAUUCUAGUGAGUUUGCCUGUGAAAUCGUUGCUAAGAUUCAAAUGUGUGUGCAAAAAUUGGGGCAGUCUUAUCAGUAACCCUAGCUUCACUGUAGACCACUGUAAGAAGAAGAAACCUUUGCAACACUUGAUUUAUGAUUAUGGUGCGGGCGAUGAUGCUCCUAAUAUCACUUUGGUUUCUGAUAAGGGUAUAGAUGAACAAAAAAGUUUCCACAGGUUUGCUGGAGAUCGUAUUAAUAACUUGUUAGGUUCUAUCGAUGGCGUGUUUUUCAUAGAAGGAGAAAUUGGUGAUGACAUUUUGUGUGCAUUAUGGAAUCCAGCUAAUAGAGAGGUGAGAUACCUCCCUGGUGCACCAAUUAGCUUUGAAUGGUUUGCACUUGGUCGUCAUUUAGUGUUCGGAUUAGAGCCUAUAACCAAGGAUUAUAAAGUGCUUUAUUAUAAUGAAUGUGAAGAAUAUGCAGCGAUCUACUCAUGUUCUAUGGAUUCAUGGAAAUUCUUCAAACAUAACACAUACGUAUUUGAAAAUACUAGUAGGUGUGAACAAAACAUGUAUAAUACUGCUGAUUAUUUGAAUGGAUGUUAUUAUUGGUUGUUAAACGAGAGGAAUAAUAAAUAUAGAAUUCUUUCGUUUGACUUUGGGAAUGAGGCGUUUGCAAAGAUGGAAGGGCCACCACGUGGUAUCGAGGAUUAUACUUGGUCGGUAACUCUGAUGUUGCUUGGUGACUCCCUUGGCAUCUUGAACUUUGUUGAGGGUUGUAUUAAUGAUGUAUGGACAUUAGGACCAGUGUAA